AUGAAAAUCAAGUCCUUUCCUUUCCUUGGGUUACUAUACGUAACAUGUUCUUGUGCUUUACCAGUGGUUCCAGAAAAGGAAAAAGAAGAUAUACAAUUUGCUCAGAAAUACCUGGAAAACUUCUAUGAUUUUAAAGAAGAGAAAAGCUCUCUCUUUAAAUCCAAGAACCUCAAUCUCAUGUCUGAAAAAAUACGAGAAAUGCAGUCAUUCUUUGGACUGGAGGUGACUGGGGAACUGAAUUCUCAGACACUGGACAUGAUGAAGCAGCCCAGAUGUGGAAUACCAGACGUCCGCUCAUACAGCACCUUCCCUCUGAGCCCUAAGUGGAAAAAAGAAGAUGUGACAUAUCGGAUUUUGAACUACACUCCAGACAUGCUACAAGAUGAUGUAGAGGAAGCAAUAGCAAAAGCCUUUCAACUCUGGAGCAGUGUGACCCCUUUGAGAUUCACCAGGCUCCACAGUGGCGAAGCAGAUAUAAUGAUCUCCUUUGCAUCUGGAUUUCACGGUGACUUCUAUUCCUUUGACGGUCCAGGAGGAACUCUGGCACAUGCCUAUCACCCCGGCAAAGGAAUAGGCGGAGAUGCCCACUUUGACGAAGAUGAAAACUGGACCAAAUUUACUACCUAUACUGGAUACAACUUGUUUCUCGUUGCUGCUCAUGAAUUAGGCCACUCAUUGGGUCUUGGUCAUUCUAAUGUCUUUGGUGCCUUGAUGUAUCCUAUAUAUAUGGCCAGGGAUACAAGAGACUACAGACUUCCUCAAGAUGAUAUUGAUGGCAUUCAGUCCCUCUAUGGUCCUCCCAGGGAAUCUCCAACAAAAGCUUUUCCUUCACAAGAACCGACUGAAAUGACACCUACAGAAGCACCAACGGAAAUGUCACCCCGUGAAGAACCAACAGAAAUGACACCCUCCAAAUCUCCUGCAAGAGCAGAGGACUGUGACCCUCAUUUGACUUUUGAUGCUAUCACCACUCUCCGUGGGGAAAUACUAUUCUUUAAAGACAGCUAUGUCUGGCGCAAAAGUCCUUACUUCGCAGGCAUUGAGCAUGACACCAUCUCCUCGUUCUGGCCAUCGCUGGCAGCUGGCUUUGAUGCUGCAUAUGAGAUUGACAAGAAGGAUCAAGUGAUUUUUUUUAAAGAUGACCAGUACUGGGCUAUCAAUGGCUACAAUAUACAGCCAGGUUUUCCCAAGCCUAUCCACAACCUGGGCUUCUCCAGAAAUGUCAGGAAAAUUGAUGCGGCUGUUCAUGAUCAAAAUACCAAGAAAACAUACUUCUUUGUAGGCCAUAGAUACUGGAGUUUCAAUGAAAACACUCAAUCAAUGGAAAGGGGAUAUCCCAGAAAAAUAGCAGCUGACUUCCAUGGAAUUGACCACACAAUUGAUGCUGCCCUUCAGAAAAAUGGACAUUUCUAUUUUUUCCAUGGAUCAAAGCAGUAUGAGGUUGAUGUCAAGACCAAGAAGCUUAUCCGUACAAUGAAGAGCAACAGCUGGUUCAAUUGCUAGAAAUAUUAAGUGACAGUGUAGGACCGAAUUUACAC